AUGGUCCCUGCAACACCGGAGCUGCCCAGCGCACUGUGCUCGCCCUGCGUGCAGCUGGGCUCGCAAGGGAUCAAUGUGCUCCUGAAUUACCUUCUGAACGCGGGUGUUGUCACCAGCUGCUCGAAGCUUUGCGGCCACCUGAGCGGCAAAGCGGAGCAGACGAUCUGCAACCUCGCCUGCGACCUGGCGGGAAUCAAGGAGUUUGUGAACGUCCUGAACCACACGGACUUGGAUCCCAUCUACUUCUGCGAGCUGCUUACGCUCUGCCCCGCCGGCCCCGACGACGCGGCGGCACAGGUCGUGGACGCCAAGGCAUCGCCCGCAACCAUCUCCAAGGGAGACACUGUGCAGCUGAUAGCGGACAUCAACGUGACCAAAGCGCUUGGUGUGGGAGAGUUCCGCCUUGCGGUGCAUGGCCCCGUCACCAGUGAGAUUUCGGAUGGCUUCAUCCUGCCCAAGGGCCUGGUGGAAGGCGCGAUCCAGUUGGGCGUUGAGCUGCAGGUGGAGGAUGAUACCUCCGGGGAUGAGCCUGUCGUCUGGCACCCAGGCAGCUACAGCUUCGACAUCCACCUCUGCCAGGGGGAGUGCGGCUCGAAGCACCCGCAUUCCAAGGACUUCGGCAAAGCAACGGGCAACUUUACCUUGAAGGAAGCGCUCGUGGUGGUGUGA